AUGCAAGGAGGCCACAAGGGAGUAACCGGAGCGCCAUUUCCCACCUCACAACAACAACCGAUACACGCCGAACCAGCAAAGCAGCUCAACAAGAAAGGCAAUCUCGACGAGAGAUUGACAACAUUCACUGCUGUUGCCAAAGGAGAUGUCAACAAGUCUCCACCUCGGCUAGGAAGGCAGGGAGAAGUACCCAUCGAAGAGUUCAAGAACUUCUGCUCUGCAGUAUUCACAGCAUGUGCAAUUGAGCAAGCGAACUGCAAAGAAAGAUCCAAUCGAGAGCAACUCAAGAGUGUUGUUGGAGAGAUUCUCAAUACCAAGAGAAUGGCGGAAGGCUUGCCGGAAAUGAAUGACGCUCGUUUCUAUCGUCGCAUUGAGGAGGAGAUUUGCCACCUCCAAGACUUGACAAAAGCUGAUAGCAGAGAGUCUCUCCGUGUGCUCUGGUUGACUUACAAGACACAGCUUCGACACUAUGAAAACUGGGAGCAGUAUGCCGUUGAGCUUGGCUUUGCUCGUGAGCUUGCCUACGAUGAGCGUCCAAAUGAAGUAGGCCACAUUGUAUGA